GCCCCCCUAAGCAGUUCCGGUUCGGCUGGCCGCUGCUGGCGGCGGGGCGCCGACGGGGCCGGAGCGAUGCCCGCGCGUAGCCGAGCUGGCUCCAGCCUGCGCUCCGGCUCCCCUUCCCAGGCUCUGCGUCUGCCGCUCGAGGCGCUGCGCUCCGCCAACGCGCCGAGGACCCCGGACGCCAGCUCCGAGCUGGGUCCGGACAGCUCGGCUCCCACCGCGGAGGCAGUGGAGGAAGAAAUGGCAGGCCCUAGUCAACUCUGCAUUCGCCGCUGGACUACCAAGCAUGUAGCGGUGUGGCUGAAGGAUGAAGGUUUCUUUGAAUAUGUGGACAUUUUAUGUAAUAAGCACCGACUUGAUGGAAUCACUUUACUCACACUGACUGAAUAUGAUCUUCGAUCUCCUCCUCUGGAAAUCAAAGUCCUAGGAGACAUUAAAAGGUUAAUGCUCUCAGUCAGAAAACUGCAGAAAAUUCAUAUUGAUGUUUUGGAGGAGAUGGGAUACAACAGUGAUAGUCCUAUGAGUCCCAUGACUCCGUUCAUCAGUGCUCUUCAGAGCGCAGACUGGCUCUGCAAUGGAGAGCCCACACACGACUGCGAUGGACCCGUCACUGACUUGAAUUCUGACCAGUACCAGUACAUGAAUGGCAAAAACAAGCAUUCUGUUCGAAGACUGGACCCAGAGUACUGGAAGACCAUACUGAGUUGUGUAUACGUUUUUAUAGUAUUCGGGUUUACAUCUUUCAUUAUGGUUAUUGUUCAUGAGCGAGUUCCUGACAUGCAGACCUAUCCACCACUCCCGGAUAUAUUCUUAGACAGUGUUCCCAGGAUCCCGUGGGCCUUCUCCAUGACUGAAGUGUGUGGCAUGAUUCUGUGCUACAUUUGGAUCCUGGUUCUUCUUCUUCACAAGCACAGGUCAAUCCUUCUGCGAAGGCUCUGUAGUCUGAUGGGCACUGUAUUUUUGCUUCGCUGCUUUACCAUGUUUGUGACCUCGCUCUCCGUGCCAGGACAGCACCUGCAGUGCACUGGAAAGAUAUAUGGAAGUGUGUGGGAGAAACUACACCGGGCAUUUGCCAUUUGGAGCGGCUUUGGUAUGACCCUAACUGGUGUCCACACUUGUGGAGAUUACAUGUUCAGUGGCCACACAGUUGUUCUAACCAUGCUGAAUUUUUUUGUCACGGAAUAUACACCAAGAAGCUGGAAUUUCUUGCAUACUCUGUCCUGGGUUCUCAACCUCUUUGGAAUCUUCUUCAUCUUGGCUGCCCACGAACAUUAUUCCAUUGAUGUGUUUAUUGCCUUCUAUAUCACAACGAGACUCUUUCUGUACUACCAUACUCUGGCCAAUACCAGAGCUUAUCAUCAGAGCAGGAGAGCAAGAAUUUGGUUUCCUAUGUUUUCUUUCUUUGAAUGCAAUGUUAAUGGCACAGUACCUAAUGAAUAUUGUUGGCCUUUUUCUAAACCGGCAAUAAUGAAAAGACUAAUUGGAUGAAGACUGUAUCUCUGUAAUGAGUUUGUUGUUAAAUAUACAGUAGUUACGGAAUGAAAAUGAAUAACUUUGCUUUGUCCCAGGUUGUUCCUGGAUAUGUUGCAUUUUUGGCUUAUAUGUUGACAGAUUUCCCGUUCUGAGCAAGUCUGUGACUAUAAAACUCAAGAAAGAGCAACCAAGACUCCUUACCUAGCUGUUUAAACAAAGAGCUCCAGGAGGGAUUUCCUGCCCCUUCUUUAUUGCAGGAAGACCCAGUGUGUGGGUGAUGCAUGCUGAGCGUUUGCUUACUGAACUCAAACACAUCAGCUUGGGCUGGUUGAUGGAUUUUUAUUGAUUUCCAGUAGGACUCAAGUCAAAUAUUUUUUGAAGCUCUUUCCCCCUAGCGGGUGAACCAGUCUCACUUCUUCCUUGAGCUAAUCUGUGUCUGUCUGGAAAGUGAUUGUCUUACUGGUAAACAUGUUUUGCCCUUUGAACCAUUUUUAAGAAAAGUGUAUUGAACACAGCAACUGGUGUGAAACAAGAAGAGAAUGCAAGGGGCCACGUGUGUGGUGGUGACAUGCUGGUCAGGUGUCAUUGGCCUUCCCACUAAUGCAAAUGUGGGGUCAGCAUUUUCACCAUAGGUGCAGUUCCUGUUUUGUUUUAAAGCUUCAGUGUGAACAAUAGGAAGGACUCGUGAGGGAAACAGCCGCCUUUGUAAUAGUAAAGUGGGGUCAUUUUAGUGCUGUAAGUGUCUGGAGUGAAUUUAUGUUACAGGGCAGAUGAUAGCCCAGUAUAUGCUUUUCUUAAUGAUGUGACUUUGUGAGACAAGUAAGAGGGUUUUACCAGAUGUUGAAGUUCUUAUGUCAGUAAAUAAGUAAAUGUGCAUGCAAAGAAGUCUUUCUUCUAAUGAAAACAUUCUACAGGUUGUAGGCAUAGUGUUAACGCUGUGGGGAUUUUUGUUUUAUUUUUCUGAAAUAUCUCAUUUUUGACUGUUGAAAGUAAACAGUCUGAGACAUAUUUGGACACUAAAAGCUUGUUGCUUUUUAUCUUAAAAAUAAUUGUGUACAUACAUUCUUUCUAUAGUUUUAAUUUGGCAGUCAAGAACUAAAACGAAUUAGCUCUGUUUGCAUUAGAAAAUUACCUUCAGUGAUUAAUUUUACCUCUGAUACCAUCUGCCACUUUAGCUUUGACCUUAACCUGGUUGUAGAAUUGGAAAUUGACUUUCAACUUAAACAAGUGGAAUACUAAUUGUGUGGUUUUUAUACAUUCCAUUUCAAUACACGGACUUUGAGGCGUACUGAGGUCACAGACUACAGCAGACAUCUAUUUCUUCUCUGUUUGGAUGAAAUAUUCAUUAUUGCAAUUGGAGUCAUAGUCCCACCUCUCUGAAGCUACCUGGGUGAAUCAGGCAGGAAAGGGAUAUUAGGCAGGCAGGUUUCAGCCCGCGCUGAACAACUGCGCUCCGGGUCUGCUGGAGACAGCACUCGUUUAUGACUUGAGAAGUGGUGUGAGGCGACUCAAGUUUGAUUAUGUUCUUAAAUCUUAUAUUGCAGAAUCUUACAGUAUUUUAAAUUGGUGAUUCUGUUACAAGCCAGGAUCAAAAACGCCAAUAUCUCAUGUAAAGAGAUUACAUAAUCAUGGGGUGAAGGUUUUCCGUGCAUGUUUAAGUGGUUUGACUUGUGGUCAGAGGCCAUUACUGCCACCCUCUUACCCCCAUCCCCUGACAUAGCAUGUCAAACCCAACUUAGCUAGGGGAGCUAGUGUUGGCUUUCGGAGACUGUUCCAGAAACACGUGUCAACAUGAAUUUUAAAAUUUUAACUAUAUUAAUGGUAAAUGUCUUAACAUCUGGCUUCUCUCCUCAUAUGGAUUAUUGUAGAACAAAAUAGAAAAGUAAAUGCAGGUAGCUUUGCUGUGCUAUUGCAGCCCGCAGUGUCCUUGUGAGUGGCCUCAUGGCUCCUCCCAAUGUUUGAGGAAAGGUAGGCUAGAUAGUAAGCUGUUAGCUAUUAUAAGAGCGUUUACAUGACGUAAUCAUCUUCGGGUCUCAACGAAGACAGUUAGUUUUCAGUUUUUGUCUUUGUACCUUUUCUCUUGUUGAAAUCUUAACUGUAGAGAAGAUAGAGUUUAUGUUUACAUUCUGGGCAGGAUGUGGCUGGGUGGAGAGGCUCCAUGCCUUUGAAUCUUGUAGUUGAUUCUGCAGUUGUACAAGCAUUUCAUUGUUGACAACUUAGUACAGAAGGAAGGAAAGGUUUUGAGUUUGGGGAUUCCAACUAGGGGUUCUGUAAGAAGACCUUGAUGGAUUGCCUAUGUUCUAGAAACAGUGUUGUUGCCCUCCUUGUGGUGCUAAACCUAGGGCUGUGUGUGCCCGGCAAGGGCUCAGCCAUUGAUCUACAUCCUAAACCUAGGGCUGUGUGUGCCCGGCAAGGGCUCAGCUAUUGAUCUACAUGCUCAGCUCUGUUUUACGGGGCAAGGCAGGGCAUCUUAUUGAAAGGGAGCUGGUAGGAAAGGAAUGAGGCAGAAACCUUUUUUGUCUGGGUUGUACUUCCCAGUAGGCUGUCCUCCAGUCCUGUCUGACCAAACUUGCUAUGGCAAAAAUACUUUUAAUCGUGCUGGUUCUAAAUGUUAAUGAUCUUCCAAAUCGAAAGCAAUAGGCUACGUCUUAGAAUCAGUCAAUUUAACAAACUAGAAAAACCACUGCCAGGAGCUUACCAUUGGCACUGUGAGUGGCGGCCCUCCUGCCUGCCUGUUAGGACCUAGAGCUGGCAGAGAUGAGAGGAACAGAUCCUCUUACAGCAGAGAGGAAGCAGCCUGUUUUAGGAACGUGUGCAAAACUUGUCUUUCUCCCCCCCCCUUUUUUUAAUUUUUUAAAGUUAUUUUUUGUUUUUGAGGCAGGGUUUCUCUGUAUUGCCUGGGCUGUCCUGGAAUUCAGUCUGUAGAUUAGGGUAGCCUCGAACUCAGGGAUCCACCUGUCUUUACCGCCCGUGCUCUUAUUAAGUUCAAAUUCAUGACAAAAACCUGCUUUGAUCAUAUUUAGCAAAAAGCAGUUUUAUCACUUAAAGAUUCUAGAGCUAAAAUCCUUAAGAAUGUUUAUGGUUUUCUUGACUUAAAUUCCCUGAUUUAAUACACUUAAUUGAUAGUCUUUUGUAGAAAGAGAUCCCAUAGUCAAAGCAGUGAAAGCACCUGUCCACCCUCUAAGGUUCUCAGCCCUUGGAGACAAGAGCACUCCUUAGAAUAGUUUGCUUUUCUUCAUCCAGUGUGAAAGCCGCCAAAGCAUGUCAGUUUAAUGACAACUUUACACGGUUUAGACAGCUGCUGUUUAUUCGGAGCUGAGCUUGGCCUCGAUCGUCCCCACCCUGUACCUCUGCGGCUGGGGAUUGGUGAAUCCCAUUAGCGCUCAGAGAGCUUCAACCAACCGACCGGCGGGAAGAUUCUGUUUGUCUCUUCUCACAGAGCUGUAAAGGGCUGAAAGUGUUGUAGAAGGGCUUGUUGGGUCACCUGUCAGUUCACAUAACUAAUGUUGUAUCAAGUCCAGUACAAAUGCCUGUGAACUCUAAGCUAUUCCCCAGCUACACUAGGUUGUUCUGAGGAUACGUUCUGCUGUGUGUUAAUCUGAGGCCUCUGGUGUGUGUCUCCUGUCGGCAGAAGGAAGCCUUGUGCUUCGACAGGAGAAGGAGUAUUAUGAAGUUGCUUGUUUUCGUCACUGUUAUUUCACAUCUCUUUUAAUCUGAGCUACUGGAUUAUCUGAAAAACUAAACAGCCUGUUGUUAUUAACAUCUUUAAAAUGUUUAAUUUUAAUAAUUUUUCAUUGAAGACUUCGUGAAUUGUUAGGAUAACGAAAGUUUCUGAUAUGGAACAAAGGAGGUGAGCCUAACUCAGUAAAUAAGCAGUUUGUGUGGACUAAGCCGGGCGUGUCUCCCUUUCCACAGAAAAACUAGUGUUACUUGAAGAUGUGAAAGUCCCUGUGGUAGCCAUACCUUGAAGCACAGUGUUGUAUAUAAGUAAAUACCUGAUUCUAAAUUAAAUCCAGAUUUAACUAAUAUAUUAUUUUAUAUCUUUGUUGUAUUAAAAUGUUUUAAAACACUAAAAAUAAAACGUUUGAAAGUUGA